AUGGAAGAGCAAGUGCAGGAGUACAAUUCUACCAUUACGUAUCCCACUUCAUGGGACUUCCUUGCACUGUUUCCAGUCCAUGACACCACACAGUUACCACAUUUCUUCAAUGAGGUCAGCUCGUCUUGCUCAUCAUCAUCAUCUACUAGUACUUUCCCACAAACCUAUUCCUGCCAACAAUCUCAGGCUCCAUUAAUUACGCCCACUUGUUCAUUUAAUUGGAGUGAAUUUCAUCUUAAGGAUCCUGUUUUCUCCGCUGACUUUCAGCAUCAACAAGAGCAUGACUUUGAUGAGAUAUUGUCACCAAACACGUCUAACGUUUCAACUAUGGCAAUAGCACAGAACGAUAUAUCUUCUUGCAAUUUAACUGGUGGAAUCAACGGUGAUUGGUUCUUGAACCGAUUAGUUGGGCACGAGGCUUUUGGGUCGAUAGUCAAUAAUGGACUUGAACCAAACAUCAAUGCUACUGAUCAUGCCGUCUAUUCCUCUUCUGCUAGUUCGUUUGUCGAUGAUAUCUUGGACAAAGACAGAGAGAUGCAUUCACAAAAUUUGACAACAAAUUUGGAGGUGAUGGGAAGGAUAAUGGAGGAUCAAUUAGAGCAGUAUGGAAUAGAGAGCUACAAACUUGCAAAAGACGACAGGGUUAUUGCUCAAGGAAAAAAGGAGACAAAUCAAGGAGUGGGAGUGUGGGAGACCCACCCAACAAACCAAAUCGAGAGAAGAAAUCAGAAAGGUGGAACGAAGAUUACACCCAUGGCUACUGUAUUGCAGAGAUCAUCUGUUUCAUUCCGACGGCAAGGCUCCUCCGGGCAUGUUUGGGAUAAUCUUCUCAUUGAUCAAAAAAAAGCGGACAGAUGGUCAGAACGCCUGCCGGCAAAAGCCAAGAGAUACCCCUCGGCAAUAACAAUAUUGACAAAAGACGAGGCCAAGAAUUCCUUGAAAAGAAGGUUAUUAACAAUAGGAGUUCCUACCACCCUUCAACGCCUUCUAAAGAAGAAAACAAGGAUGAAAGGUGGGGUGUCUUAA